AUGGCGACUACCCAGCGUCGUCGCGAACAUAAGCGAGUGUAUCAGGCCUGCGAGCCCUGUCGCGAGAAAAAGGUUCGCUGCGAGCUAGGCGUCGUAGACCAGCCUUGUAAGCCGCCAUGUGCACGUUGUCGUCGAGAGUCGAGAGAGUGCGUGUUCGCAGCCACUAGGAUUAGAGAUCCAGGAGAGCCAAAGGAAAGACAUCGACCCUCGUCCAACACUCGUCAUCUCAAACGACAGGCCUCUUCUCCCAUAGCCGAAGAUAGAUCCUCAGCACACACAGGCGUCUAUUCAUCACCGGCGCUAUCAAUCCCCCGCACUGUCAUCAACCAUACCACACCACCAGCAACAGACCGAAACUUACUCCCCCCGAAUGGUCGCGCGACCGCUGUCUUGCUCAAGGGCCAUCCGCCUUGUGAUAGUGCCGAGCGCCGCAGGGCUGUUGUGGACGACUUCUCUGCGCAUUUGAAUCCUGCCGUCGCACACCUCCAAAACUCGUCCUCAGAUACUGGCAAUGCACCGGCUGAGCACGCCCUCAAUCCCCUCAGUCCAGGUACCCGAGAGGCUUUACGAGCAUGGUCUGGUCUAAGAUUUGUCCGAGGGGGGUUGUUCACUCCGGAGGAGGCGCUCAAUAUGGUUGACCACUUUUACAAAUUCCACGCACCCUUCUCACCAGUAGUCCCAGAGUGCUUUCGUGCCCAUGCGCAACACCCGGCGCUAAUCGAAGAGGAGCCGAUUCUCACCAUAACUAUCCUGAUGAUUGGUUCACGAUACAGAAAAUGGACGGGGCUAGCUGCGGCAUCACGCUCGUUUCUCAUCCAUGAUCGGCUCUGGAGAUACCUUCAGGGCAUGAUAACUCGUCUGUUUUGGUGCGAAGAUAUAUUUGUCGGGGAAUUUGCUUCACUAACGGAUCCCUUGGACAAUGCAUUCUUCUCAUCGCGUUCUAACACUUGGUCGAAUGGAUUUCGCACAAUCGGAACAUGUGAAGCCCUGUUGCUUCUGUUGGAUUGGCAUCCACAAGGGCUUCAUUUUCCACCACCAGACGAAGAUACCACAACAACUAUUGUUCGUGAGCCGAAAAGACGUCGUUUUGCUGCCGAACAUAAGCGACAUCGCGGACCAGGUUCGGGACAUGACUGGUUGGCGCGAUCGGAUCGACUGUGCCGUUCCAUGCUGUCGACCGCUUCAAUGCUUGCUACCGAGAUGGGGGUGUUUGAUGAAGAAGAGCUUAUUUCCGAAGGCGAAAAUAACCCACUGACCAUGCGAGAUAUGGCUUCCCACCAGCAGAGGAUCUGUCGAGUUCGGUAUUUGAUUUGGGUAUAUGCCACGCAGCAACCCGGAAGACCAGGAUGGAGAAUUCUAACACCCGAGCCAUCUCUUUUAUUACCUUCGACGGAUGAUGAUACCAUAAAAUGUUGGGUUCGGGUAGCCACCAUUAUGAAGUAUGCGAAUGAGCUACUCUUCUCGUCUCAAAAACGCACAAAUGAGAUUAUAAGAAAUGGAGAAUAUAUCAAGUGUCUCCAGACUCUGCAACCGCUUCUUCAAGACACUAUCAUUGAAUUCGAUCAAUCCAAAUUAACGAAACAAAUGCGAUCGAUCCUAACUAUCGAAUACGCUCACGUCCAGUUAUGCAUUUUAAGCGUCGCCCUGCAAGCUGUCAUAGAACGGCGCUACUACUGUGAUGAGAUGGCCAGGGAGCCGCAGCCCAUUCCUCCUCACGUCUUGAAACAGGAGGAGGGUUAUCUAAAUGAGACCGUCAAGGGUGCACAAACCAUUUUACUCACAGUUCUAGAUGACUUUGUACCCGAUGGCAGCUUGAGAUACUUGCCUGUGCGCUCAUACUCUCGGUUACUAGGUGCUGCAUUAUUCCUCCUCAAGUGUUGUGCCGCUCGGAUCAAGGAGGUAGACACACGAGCAUCUCUAUCCCUUAUAAAGCAACUCGUCGCAGGUCUACGGUCCAUUUACGUUGACGAUACACAUCUGAGCCCCCGUUGGGGAGAUCUUCUCGACCAACUCUCGCGCCGCGUCGAAGCGCAUGCCACAGCAGCAAAGAACUGCGCACAACCCGCAAACCUGGUCCCAUCAGAUCCAGCGAUAGCCGGUAAUGCCGCAAGCGGGUUGCAUACUCCAAUGUCCACAGCGUUGGGCCCAUCAUCAUCGCAGCCUUUACUACUCACGCCCAACAAAGCCGAUGGAUCACGUAGUGUUCGGACUCACAUGGAAUUCCAUCAUAGUAACUGUAACAAUAGCAAUAGCAACAACAAUAAUAACGGUCUGCAAGAAUUUGAUCCCUGGGCUUUCGGUGGCGAGGUGGAAGGGUCCAACUUCGAGGCCUUCUCGAUGUGGUGGGAUAGCCAUAUUCCGCAAUCGAUAGGCACGAAUCACACAUCUUUGCACCAUCGAGACAGUGAACAGCCAUUUUACCAUGCUACCGAUGGAGGAUUGAUGGGGAGCGCACCGGGGUUUCCAACAUAUAUGUAUUAA